UCAUUUUCCUGAAAUGAAAGUUUGAGUCGGAGCAGCGCGGCGGUUUGUGUCUGAGAGGAUCUGAUCUUCCUCAAACACAGGGUGCAGACAUGUCUGCUGCCAGCAAUCUGCCAUCUGAAGAUCAGUUUCUGUGCUCCAUCUGUCUGGAUGUGUUCACUGAUCCAGUCACCACACCAUGUGGACACAACUACUGCAAAAAAUGCAUCACUCGGCACUGGAGUAAUACCGACCAUUACUUCUGCCCGAUGUGUAAAAGGGUUUUUCAAACUAAACUUGUGCUCCAUGUCAACACCUUCAUCUCUGAGAUGGUCGCUCAGUUCAGACAUGAAACUCAGCAGAAAUUCAGCAGCAGCAGCUCAAAGCAACAAGCUGCCAAACCUGGAGAAGUUCUCUGUGACGUCUGCACUGGAACCAAACUGAAGGCCCUGAAGUCCUGCCUGGUGUGUCUGACCUCCUACUGUCAGACUCACCUGGAGCCUCAUCUGACAGCUUCACGUCUGAAAAGACAUCAGCUGAUGGAGCCUGUGGAGAACCUGGAAGGCAGGAUUUGUAUGAAGCACGAUAAACAUCUGGAGCUGUUCUGUAAGACCGACCAGACAUGUGUCUGCGUGCUCUGCUCUAUUUCAAACCACAAGAACCAUGAGUUUGUUCCUCUGAGAGAAGAAUCUGAAGGAAAGAAGGCAGAGCUGAGGAAGACAGAGGCUGAAAUUCAGCAGAUGAUCCAGAAGAGACGACUGAAGAUCGAGGAGAUCAACAAGUCAGUGAAGAUGAGCAAAGAUGCUGCAGACAGAGAGAUAGCAGAAGGUGUUCAGGUCUUCACUGCUCUGAUGGAGUCUGCUGAGAGAGGCCUGAAGGAGCUCAUAGAGGAGAUCGAAGACAAACAGGAAACAACAGAGAAACAGGCUGAAGGUUUCAUCAAAGAUCUGGAACAGGAAAUCUCUGAGCUGAUGAAGAGAAGCUCUGGGGUGGAGCAGCUCUCACAGUCUGAAGACCACCUUCACCUCCUCCAAAGCUUCUCAUCUCUGAAAGCUGCUCCACCCACCAAGGACUGGACAAAGGUCAGCGUCCAUCCAUCACAUGAGGGGACUGUGGUGAGAGCUGUGGCUCAACUGGAGGAGAGACUCAGGAAAGAGAAGAAGAAGCUGCUUGAGGCUGAGCUGAAGAGGUUCCAGCAGUAUGCAGUGGAUGUGACUCUUGAUCCUGAUACAGCAAAUCCUGAACUCAUCCUGUCUGAUGAUGGAAAACAGAUGAAUCAUGGGGGUGAGAAGAAGAAUCUUCCAGAUAAUCCAGAGAGAUUUUCUUACUGUGUUUGUGUUUUAGGAAAGCAGAGUUUCUCUUCAGGCAGAUUUUACUUUGAGGUUCAGGUUAAAGGAAAGACUGACUGGGAUUUAGGAGUGGCCACAGAGUCGAGCAAAAGGAAGGGAAACAUCAGACUGAAACCUCAGGAUGGUUUCUGGACUGUGUGGCUGAGACAUGGAAAUGAGUACAAAGCUCUUGCUGGCCCUUCAGUCCGUCUCUGUCUUCAGUCUGCUCCUGAGAAGGUGGGGGUGUUUGUAGAUUAUGAGGAGGGUCUGGUCUCCUUUUAUGAUGUAGAUGCUGCAGCUCUGAUCUACUCCUUUACUGGCUGCUCCUUCACUCAGGAACUCCAUCCAUACUUCAGUCCCUGCAAUAAUGAUGGUGGUAAAAACUCUGCUCCUCUGAUCAUCAGUCCUGUCAAUCACACUAAGUAGAGACUGAUCUGAUAUAGAAGCAGCUCUCUGGGUCUGUUUUCUCUUCUGAUUCUGAUUGAUUGCUUUUUGUUAUUAUAUCAUUUUGAUGCUUAAGUGAUCUCACAGUUACAGCACAUGUUUUUCCAUGCUGAUUUUAAC